AGACAACCUAGCAAGAGAACCUCCUGUCGAAGCGCCAUGAGCUCCGCCGCACUGCUCUUCCUCUGCCUCGCCGUGGUGCUAGUCGCGGCGGCGACCGUUCACGACGAGCACUCGCAGUGCCUCGACAACCCGCCGGACCUGUCGUUGCGCGGCGUUGAAGCUGGCAAGGUUGUAGACGACCUUCCAGGGGGGUUCAGGGCCUAUGUCACCGGCCCCUCCAUGUCCAUACGUGCCAUCGUCCUCGCCUCGGAUGUCUACGGGUUCGAGGCACCUAUACUGAGAAACAUAGCCGAUAAAGUUGCCGCAACAGGAUACUACGUUGUGGUGCCUGAUUUCUUCCACGGCGAUCCUUACAACGACAGUAAAAUCCUUUCAGAAUGGAUCAAAUCUCACUCCCCAGUCACAGCUGCUCAAGAUGCCAAGCCACUCUUGGCUUCUUUGAGAAACGAAGGAAAAUCUAUUGGGGUUGGAGGUUACUGCUGGGGGGGAAAAUUUGCCGCCGAGAUAGCAAAAACUGACGAUACAGAAGUAGUUGUCCUUUCUCAUCCUGCAUAUGUGACUGUUGAUGAUAUGAAAGAGGUCAAAUGGCCAAUUGAGAUCCUUGGAGCUCAAAACGACACAAUCACACCGCAGGAACAAGUGCGUCAGUUCGAGCAAGAAUUGCGUGAAAGAAUGGAUAUUGAGUACUUUGUCAAGAUCUUCCCAAGAGUUGCCCAUGGAUUUGCUUGCAGAUACAAUACCACCGACCCGUUCGCUGUUAAAAGCGCUGAAAAAGCUCUUGCUUACAUGCUCGACUGGUUCCACAAAUACUUGUAGUGAAGACAUGUCUUAUCUGCACAUGACUGUUUCGAAUAAAUAAAUAAGAAUAAUAUUUUCGUACAUCCAGAUGGAAAAAAUUUGCACAGCAGUGAAUAUCUGUCCUUGUCAAGUUGACCAAUAUUGGAUCCCACACACUUUAAAAUAUGUCCUCUAUUUAAGGUGAAUACACACCCCGCUACAUCGCA